UCCCUCCCAAACAGCCCCCGGGCGCCUCCCUGUUGUCUGUCGAGGGGGUUAAAGGCCGUGGGCGGGUGACAUGGCCAGUGGGACCAGCUUGUCCGGUGUCAAUGUGGUGCUGGUCAUGGCCUAUGGCAGCUUGGUGUUUGUGCUGUUGUUUAUCUUUGUCAAGCGCCAGAUUAUGAGGUUUGCCAUGAAGUCCCGGCGCGGGCCUCACGCCCCCAUUGGCCACAGUGCACCCAAGGAUCUGAGAGAGGAAAUCGACCGGAGUCUCCUGAAGGUUCAGGAUCUCGACUAUGAACCUCAGCUUCUCGAUGAAGGAGACGCCCGCUUGCUGCAGCUACAGGAGACAGGAAACCAAGGGCCCUACAACUACCUAUACCGGAUGAAGGCUCUGGACGCUAUCAGGCAUGUGGAUCUCCCCACCGGCGAGGGCACCGAUUUCGUCAAAUACCUGACCGGGAAGAGUUUCCGGAACUUUCUGAUGGAGCUACGGGAGGGCAACACGCCGUUCAGAGGGGUCCGUAAGAAUCUCAUCGACAAGCUCAUCGAUGGCUACGAGUCAGCACGCCACGGCACAGCGUUCUUCGGGAAAGUCGAGUAUCUCAAGUAUCAGCACGCUGUCAACGAGCUGACUGCUAUGUGAGUUAACUUCUGUUACAGUCAGCUAAACCCAAUCCUGCUACGACACUCGGCACUCCGGCUUGGACUGUUUCAAAGGUUGUCACUAACACUGGCAAGCACAGUCACAAUUGCCUGGUCCUCAUUGCCCCCUG